AUGUACAGAGCUCCACAGGCCCCGCCCGUGUACGGAAUUCGGCCCGCGGGGGCGCGGGGAGCGCGGACUCUGCUCCUGGUGUCUGAGCUGGGCUUGGACUCAGAAGUGUUGCCGGUCCGAGGAGACCACCCGGCUGCCCGCAACCGGUUCCUGUGCAGCAGCCGGGAGCUCAGCGUGCGGUCCUGCUUCCCCAGCCUCUUUCAAGCCGAGCAAGCCCAUGGCUCCGUGUUACUGGGGCUGCUGCUGGGGGCCGGGCAGAGCGCACAGCCAGACUCGGCCCUCAUCCGCCAGGCCCGGGCUGAACGCUGGAGUCAGUGGUCACUCCGAGGAGGGCUGGAGAUGCUGCCCCAGGCACUUAACACCCACCUGACCAGGAGCGGGGUCACCGUUCUCAGGGGCCACCCGGUCUGUGGGCUCAGCCUCCAGGCAGGACGCUGGAAGGUGUCUCUGGGGGGCAGCUGCCUGGAGGCCGACCAUGUGAUUAGUGCUCUUCCAGCUUCAGUGCUCAGCAAGCUGCUCCCCGCCGAGGCUGCACCUCUGGCGCGCGUCCUGGGCACCAUCCGUGCUGUGUCUGUGGCCGUGGUGAACCUGCAGUACCGAGGAGCCCAGCUGCCGGUCCAGGGAUUUGGACAUCUGGUGCCAUCCUCAGAAGACCCAGGCGUCCUGGGAAUCGUGUACGACUCAGUUGCUUUUCCUGAGCAGGAUGGGAGCCCCCCUGGCCUCAGAGUGACUGUGAUGCUCGGAGGUUCCUGGUUACAGGGGCUGGAAGCCAGGGGCUGGGCCUCUUCUCGGGAGCUGCUCCAGCGGCAGGCACAGGAAGCAGCUGCCACGCAGUUAGGACUGAAAGAGCCUCCGAGUCACUGCUUGGUCCACCUGCACAAGCACUGCAUCCCCCAGUACACACUAGGCCACUGGAGAAAACUGGAGUCAGCUGCCCACUUCCUGGCUGCUUGCAGGCUGCCCCUGACCCUGGCUGGAGCCUCCUAUGAGGGAGUUGCUGUCAAUGACUGUAUAGAGAGUGGGCGCCAGGCAGCAGCCCGGGCCCUGGGCUUAGAACUUGACAGAUGAUCCCCACACCCCAUCUUGCUGCCCCUGCUGGCUGGGACUCUCACCAUGAAAAUAAAAGUUGUGGGAGAUUGGC